AGCCGGAAGCGGGUGGGGAGGCGUCGGCGGCUGCGGCGGCGCACGUGGUGACGUGCGAGGGGGUGCGGCGCGGGAGUGCAGCCGGCGGCGGCAGUGUCUCCGGGACUCGCGUGGAGGUCGGUCACUCUGAGUCAGUCGCUGCGCUGUUUCUCCGCCUGCUGCUUCAGCGCGGCUGUACCAGUGAGCGAGCUCGUUGUUGGGAGUCGUUCGCGGCGCUGCCUCCUUCUCGUAGCCGCCGCGGACUGGCUGCUCGUUCUCUCGCUCGAUCGCUGUCCCCCCUCCGCUGCCUCGAGGCGCUUUCCGUUGGGCCAGUUCCCUCCCGCUUCCUCCUGCUCCCCUUCGAAGCUCUAGAGAUGAAUUUUUCCAUCUCUUUAGAGAUGAACCAGAUUAUGAUGCAUCUUUGUCACAGAAGAAAUUCGUGUCUAUAGCUUUUAAGGACUUGAUUACAUCAUUUUCAAGCCUGAUAGUUUUGGAACCACCAUUAGAGCUUAAGACACAUCUACCUUUACUUCAGCUACCUGUCUUCAUACCUUGACUAAGUGCUUCAUUUCAUCACUCCUUUGCCUUUGGAUUAUUUGCAUUCCCAGUAAUACAUUUCUUCCAGUGUAGUAGCCAAAUUUAUAAGGAAAAAUGAUUCCCAAUGGAUAUUUGAUGUUUGAAGAUGAAAAUUUUAUUGAGUCUUCUGUUGCCAAAUUAAAUGCCCUGAGGAAAAGUGGCCAGUUCUGUGAUGUUCGACUUCAGGUCUGUGGUCAUGAGAUGUUAGCACACAGAGCAGUACUAGCUUGUUGCAGUCCCUAUUUAUUUGAAAUCUUUAAUAGUGAUAGUGAUCCUCAUGGAGUUUCUCAUGUUAAAUUUGAUGAUCUCAAUCCAGAAGCUGUUGAAGUCUUGUUGAAUUAUGCCUACACUGCUCAGUUGAAAGCUGAUAAGGAAUUGGUGAAAGAUGUUUAUUCUGCAGCAAAAAAGCUGAAGAUGGACCGAGUAAAGCAGGUUUGUGGUGAUUAUUUACUGUCUCGGAUGGAUAUUACCAGCUGCAUCUCUUACCGAAAUUUUGCAAGUUGUAUGGGAGACUCCCGUUUGUUGAAUAAGGUUGAUGCUUAUAUUCAGGAGCAUUUGUUACAAAUUUCAGAAGAGGAAGAAUUUCUUAAGCUUCCCCGACUAAAGUUGGAGGUAAUGCUAGAAGAUAAUGUUUGCUUGCCCAGCAAUGGCAAAUUGUAUACAAAGGUAAUCAACUGGGUGCAGCGUAGCAUCUGGGAGAAUGGAGACAGUCUGGAAGAGCUGAUGGAAGAGGUUCAAACCUUGUACUACUCAGCUGAUCACAAGCUGCUUGAUGGGAACCUACUAGAUGGACAGGCUGAGGUCUUUGGCAGUGAUGAUGACCACAUUCAGUUUGUGCAGAAAAAGCCACCACGUGAGAAUGGCCAUAAGCAGAUAAGUAGCAGUUCCACUGGAUGUCUCUCUUCUCCAAAUGCUACAGUACAAAGCCCUAAGCAUGAGUGGAAAAUCGUUGCUUCGGAGAAGACUUCAAAUAACACUUACUUGUGCCUAGCUGUGCUGGAUGGUAUCUUCUGUGUGAUCUUCCUUCAUGGUCGAAAUAGCCCACAGAGCUCACCAACAAGUACUCCAAAACUAGUCAAGAGUUUAAGCUUUGAGAUGCAGCCAGAUGAACUAAUAGAAAAGCCCAUGUCUCCUAUGCAGUAUGCACGAUCUGGUUUGGGUACAGCAGAGAUGAAUGGCAAACUCAUAGCUGCAGGUGGCUAUAACAGAGAAGAAUGUCUUCGAACAGUUGAAUGCUACGAUCCACAUACAGAUCAUUGGUCCUUCCUUGCUCCCAUGAGAACGCCAAGAGCUCGAUUUCAAAUGGCUGUACUCAUGGGUCAGCUCUAUGUGGUAGGUGGAUCAAACGGCCACUCAGAUGACCUGAGUUGUGGAGAGAUGUAUGAUCCAAACAUCGAUGACUGGACUCCUGUUCCAGAGUUGAGAACUAAUCGUUGUAAUGCAGGAGUGUGUGCUCUUAAUGGAAAGUUAUACAUUGUUGGUGGCUCUGAUCCAUAUGGUCAAAAGGGGCUGAAAAAUUGUGAUGUAUUUGAUCCUGUAACAAAGUCAUGGACAAGCUGUGCUCCUCUUAAUAUUCGUAGACACCAGUCUGCAGUCUGUGAACUUGGUGGUUAUCUGUACAUAAUUGGAGGUGCAGAGUCUUGGAAUUGUCUGAACACAGUAGAACGUUACAAUCCUGAAAAUAACACCUGGACUUUAAUUGCACCCAUGAAUGUAGCGAGGCGAGGAGCUGGGGUAGCUGUUCUUGAUGGAAAACUGUUUGUAGGUGGUGGUUUUGAUGGUUCUCACGCUAUCAGUUGUGUGGAGAUGUAUGAUCCAACUAGAAAUGAAUGGAAGAUGAUGGGAAAUAUGACUUCACCAAGGAGCAAUGCUGGGAUCACAACUGUAGGGAGUACCAUUUAUGCAGUGGGAGGAUUUGAUGGCAAUGAAUUUUUGAAUACGGUCGAAGUCUAUAACCUUGAGUCAAAUGAGUGGAGCCCUUACACAAAGAUUUUCCAGUUUUAACACAUUUUAAGACCCUCUCAAACUAACAGGCUUAGUGAUGUAAUUGUGUUUAGUAGAGGUACACUUGUGAAUAAGGAGGGUGGGUGGGUAUAGAUGUUGCUAACAGCAACACAAAGCUUUUGCAUAUUGCAUAUUAUUAAACAUGCUGUACAUACUUUUUUGUGUUUGGAAAGGAAUGCAAAGAUGAUUUUUUUGUGUGUAUUUUUAAGACUUCUUUGGUUAUUUUACUUUUUGGAAGUUGAUAUUGUAAAAGAAUAAACCAAGAAUUGAUUGGGCACAUGAUUUCAAGAAGUCCCCUCUCCUCCACAUUUGUUUUGCCAAUUUGCACAUUAAAUGACUCUUCCCUCAAAUGUGUAUUAUGGGGCAAGAGGGGGUUGGGUUUAAAGAUGUAGGCAGUUGGGUUUUUUAAGGGCCCUUUUUCAAUAACUGGAACACUCUAUAACAAAAGAUACUUAUUUAAAUAGAAGACAAUAACUAUUUUUGUUUUUAUUAAAAGAAAGCUAACUUGCCUACCAAUAUUUAAUCUUUUAUGAUUGCCUUUUUAUAACUUUUUAUAUUCUCAGCAGAGUGCUUUACCUGUUGAAGUAAAAUGUGGCAGAUUCAAGUUAGUGAAGCAGAGUGGCAAUCUUAAAGGAUGCGGAGUGGGGUGAUUCUUUUAAAUGCUCAGAAUGCAAACUUUUAAGCAUUUUGCUCAACUGCAUUUUUUUUUUCUUCUGAGAAUGCCGUACCAACGUUUUUUUGAAUGGAGUUGCUGAACAGUAACAUAGUGAUGAUUUUUUGGUACUUGAAACACUGGUUUGAAGUAUUUUGAUUUGUUGAGGGUAUAGUUUAUACAGCAAGAGAUUUAACUAUAUAGCAGAACAAUGAAGUAUUUGAUCUCUUCCAUAAUCCUGCUUUUAUUUAUCAUUAACAAAAGAAUAUUAAACAGAAGCCCUCGAUUGAAAAAGUUUUUAAACUGUUGGGUUUGUGAAUGCAGCCUUUAUCAGAACUAUGUUUUUGCUCAGUUUUUCUUUUUUUUGCUCAUGGAUAAAUCUAGGGGAUGAUUUGGUGUCUAAUGUGUAGUGUUACACACCUAAUUGAUGGUGCCAAACUUAGCACAGCACGUCCUAAUGCUUGCUGCAGAUGCAAACAUAUUAAAGGUACUUGCAGGAAAUCCUUGCACCAUGGGAUUAAUACCCAGUUGUUUGUGUACUCAUUCAUUACUAAAAGUUUGGGGGAAAAUUUUUCAGUGAAGAAGAGUUAAAGCAUUUGGGGAAGAUACCCACCUGGCAUAUUACGUCUGAAAGAAAUAGAUAAAUGUGUUUUUUCUUGUCACAGACAAUGAAACACAGGAACCUAAUGAGCCAUGUAGGAUGAGAGGACUAUUCAGUAGCUAACUUGGAUUAGGAAAAAAAAGUUGAAUAUUUUCUUGAAAUAUGUUGGUACUCUGGUACUUUGCCACCUUUCUCUCAUCUGUUUUUACAGAAAACCAAGAAAGGAAAUCAGUUCACCUGGUUACUGUGUAGUUCCUGACUAACCAUCUGUCUCUGGUUUGUUUCUGAACUAAAACUAGAAGUUUAGAUUUGAAUUUGCCUAAUAGGAUGACUGUUGUUUAUGGAUCUGUGUUUGUUCUAUUCAGCACAAGGAAAUAAAGUUUAAGUUGAGGAUUCAGCACUAAAA